AUGGACGCCUUCAAAGGCUCGGAACUCGUGCGCAUGGCUGCCGGCGGCAAUAAGCCCUUCCAAGACUUCUUCAACACACAUCCUUCGAAUACGAAAGACGGACGUACAUUCGAGGCCUCGUCCAUAUCAGAGCGAUAUGAUUCGGAAGCGGGCGACGAGUGGAAGGAGAGACUCAGCUGUAAGGUCGAGGACAGGGAGUUUGACAAGGCCAACCUACCCAAGCGGUUACCCAAGAAGGACAAUGUAUCUACAGCGGGUAUGGGCGCGCCCUUGAGCGGACGCGCCAGCGCAGCCGGAAGCCGAAGCCAGACACCCCUUGGAAAGACACGAAGCAACGACGCAGGCUUCCAGCGCUCGGGCUCCCCCGCCCUCGGCACCAACGCCAUGUCUAGUCAGAAAGUAAAAAACGAAGCCUACUUCGCUAAGAUGGGCCAGGAGAACGCCAGCAGACCCGAUGGCGUUGCGCCUAAUCAAGGCGGAAAAUACGGCGGCUUCGGCAGCGAGCCAGAUGCCUGGAAGAAAGACGAUGAGCCCGGUGCGCCUCCUGCCCUGGACGACUUCCAGAAAGACCCUGUUGCGGCGCUUACCAAGGGCUUUGGCUGGCUAGGCGCAAGCGUGAGUAAAGUAGGCAAAACGGGGUAUGAAGGCUGGGUGAAGCCUGGUAUGGCAAAGGUACAUCUUCCAUCCUCCCAAGAACCCCAGAGACCACAAAAGCUCGAACUAACACCCCCGCAGCUCGCAGAAGCAGACCUCGCAACCCAAGCCCGCACCACAGCCGGCACCCUCGGCCAAACCCUCCAAUCCGGCGUCGCAAACGCAAACACGCAAUUCUCCCGCUUCGUCGAAGGAGGCGACUCUGCACAUCCUUCUUCUUCUUCCUCUUCUUCGCGCGCUCCUUUGUCGGGUCAGCGCGAACCUGAGCGCAAGGACUUUUGGGAGAGCUUUG